AUUCCGACAGAUAAUGAACAAUGAACCUGCUAGAUUGUCACUGUGUUGGCGGAAUAGGAAACUGCCCUGGGGACCCUUCCUGACAGUUUGGGGAGCAGUUAGUUGUCCUGUAAGGAGGAUACAGGAGAGUUGCAGUGUAUUGUACAGUAUUGUGGUGUCACUCCCCACUCCCUGUAUCGACAUAGAACACAGUUCCAGUUCCUGGGACUCAGGGAAGUUCACCAUGACAGUGGGAUAUUUUCUAAGAAAACAUUUUCCCCGGAGGACGGUUUAACAUGACCCCCAAGACUGUCGAAGGAACUGACAAUCAGUAUGGGGCCCUCCUGCUUCAUCUGGUUCCUACUGAUCUCACUCUCACCCACAGCAACAGAUACUUUGGGGGUCAAAACAAGUGACUUUCCUAUUAAAUUCCUGAGGAACCAAGAAGCCUUCAUCCCAUGUACAGUAACUGAUUAUGGGGCUGGGGAACUGGACGUGAAGCUUUUCUCUUUUGAGUGGAAAAUGAAAACUAUGAAUGGAAGCGACAAACAAGUUUAUCUGUAUGUGUCUGGGACUCACACCCCCACCCGGCCGGGAUCCUACAUAUCAGACAGUGAGAUUAUAAGAGGCAAUGCUGGACUUCACUUACCCCGGGUUCAGUUCACAGAUGAAGGAGAAUAUACCUGCACUGUCUUUUAUACCCCUAAUAAAGUAGUGGGUAAAUCUGCCCUGCAGGUGUCAGUGCAACCAACUACCAAGUUGGAACCUCCUGAUGUCAAUGUUCUUCUUGGAACGGAGAAAACAGUUCAAUGUGCAGCCAAUGGGUUUUACCCCAAAGAUAUAACAAUUCAAUGGGUGAAACGGCUCAGUGAGACCAACUGCAUCUCUCUGGAUAAGGACAGUUGUACUGGAGACACAUCCGGGAAUGAGGAUGGAACGUUCAAUGUUACAAGUCAUCUGACAAUAACACCAACCCUGGAGGAUGAUGGGAGAAGGUAUUUGUGUAUCAUUAAGCACAGAUCCCUGGAGAAUGAACUGAAACUCAAUUUCACUCUCUCAGUAAAAGAGCCCCCAUCUGAAGAUAAAACAACUGUUCCACUUGUGGUUGGGAUAUUCUUUACUCUAAUAAUUGCAGCUCUCUGUUACUUUCUCUACUGGAAAUUUCUGAAGAAAGAGCCCCCUAAACUCUCUCCAAUUACCGGAGCAGAACAUUUGGUGCAUAUGAACAUGGCGACUCUGUCCUGCCUGAUCUCUGGGUUCCGACCCAAACCCAUCAGAAUUACAUUGCGGCUGAAAAGAAAAGAGAAAGUAGAGAUAGAAAUUUACUCCUGGAAUUCGGAGACACAAACGGGUUCCUCUGCCCCAGUGUCACAUCACAGAGAGGAGCAGCGUGUGGUUAUUGACCAAGAGAAAGAAGAGUUAGUGAGUAAUGGGGAGACUAAUCUGCCCCCAGCACAGAGACCUCUGCGAGUGGAAAUGUUUCCUAUAAUAACAACAAGUAAAUCUCAGCGACUUUCCAACUGUCAGUGCACAAUCCAUAUAACUCCAGACAUAGAGGAAGAUGAUGGAGCAGAACUGACUGUGAGGGUCACUCACUCUGCCCUGAGACUCCCCAUCUCUGAGUCCUGUCGGCUGAAAGUCAGGGGAGUUCCCCCCAAAUUAUCAACCAUUGUAUCCCCUCUCCGAAUCCUCCAUGAUGAACCCCUGAUUCUGACCUGUCCCAUCAAUGGGUUCAAGCCAAAGCCGCUCCUUGUUACUUGGCUGAAAGUGGAUCCGAGGGGUCAGGAAACAGAACUUCUCAGCUGGGAUCAAGGUACCAUCAACAUCAAUGAUCCCAAAUAUUCCCAUCAGCUGCAGAAUACUGAGCAUGAAGAUUGUACCAACAACUAUUUAAGUUUCUUGUCGUUGAAGCCGACAGUAAAAGAAGAUGCAAAUGCAAAAUAUAUCUGUAGAACAAAUCAUUAUGCAACUGAAUCCCUGGAACAGGAAUCAAUGGAAAUGAUGGUUUCAGCUGUUCCAGAGUUGGAUCCUAUACAGAAAUCAGCAGAGAUUCUAUAUGUUGGGGAAGAGAUGACAUUGUCCUGCAGAAUCCAUUCCUUCCAUCCACAGACAUUGGGAUUUUCCUGGUAUGAAGAGGAUGAGAUGUUGGAAUCACACAAUGAAACUAUUAAUUCUGAUAACCAUGGAUUGUUCUAUUGUACCAGUCGUACAACCUACAGCCCCUGUGUGAGGGACAUUGGGAAGAAGUUCAGGUGUGAGGUCUCUCAUCCAACUCUCCAAAACCCUAAAUGUGUUUUCUGGGAACUGAAACAUCUCAUGAGUGAGCCGAGGGUAAGUGCCAUAAAGUGUGACCCUGAGGUUCCUGGGUGCAACCAAACUACAACAUUAUCCUGUACUAUAGAGAAAUUUUACCCUAAAGACCUCAAAAUCCGAUGGUAUCAGGGGCUGGAAGUCAUCAAGUCAGAAAGUGAUCCAGAAGGUGCCAAGGAAGACCCAGAAUCAGGACUUUUCUCCAGAACCACAGAAAUACAGAUCACCCCAACUUUCAAUGACCAUGGGAAAGAAUUCCACAUGGAGAUAAUUCACAACAUGAAGAUCUACAAAAAGAAAUUUUGUUUGGAAUUAAAAGGGUUUCCUCAAGCUAAAGAAAUCAUUUGCAGUAAUCUGUCCCCAAAAUAUGGGGAACCCCUAACCCUAAGCUGUGAGGUGAGUGAAUGCAAUGGCCGAGAUGUCACAGCGGAAUGGCAAAUGGGAAAUAAUCCAAUAACAAGGGGAACGAGAACAGAAACCCCAACAAAUGGAGAUUCGGUCUCAUUCCUCCUCACACUGACGCCUACAGCAGAGCAUUAUGGGAAAUUAUUAACCUGCCUGGUAAAACACAAGGAUCUACCUCAACUGAUUAAGAAGAAUAUUUCUCUGAAGUUGCCAGAUGUAGCACCAACCCUAUCAGAGAUCGUGGUGUCCCAAAAGGUUCUACAGAUCAACAGAGAAACUUCCUUCACUGUCACCAUCUCCAGCUUCUCCCAGAAGAACCUGAAAGUGAAAUGGUACCGAUCCUUCAUGCCCCUCACUGCCAAUAUAGUGACCACAGAACCACAGAUUGGAGGGGACCGGUUAUAUUGCUGCACCAGCACCCUGAGAUACACCCCGACUAAAUCAAAUAUUGGCAUGUCUAUUCGCUGUGAAGUCACGGCCAACAAAGAAACCCGGGAGAAAAGGUUCCAGUUCACUUUAGCGUCAGGAGAUGAAUUGGAUGGAAGGAACCAGCCAGAACCAAUUUCAGAAGUUGAAUUGGAUGGAAGGAACCAGCCGGAACCAAUUUCAGAAGUUGAAAUGGAUGGAAGGAACGAGCCAGAACCAACACCAGACAGAGGAGGACAAGAGAUAACAGACAUUGAGUGUGUGACCCCCAACCCCAGGAAGGGACAGUCGCUUACCCUUCAGUGUAAGAUUAAAGGACAAGAUGUGGAACAUGGAGACUUCUCCUGGAGUGACGGAAUAUUCCCCAUUGAUGAAAGUCUCAUAGACAACUCCAACCUCACUGAUGGCUCCGGCUGUAUCUCCAAGGUCACCUUCACUCCUGAUGAAGAUGAUGGGGAAAUCAGAUUUGAGGCCACAUUUAACUUAGUAACCACUGAGAGAACCUACCAACUGCCAUGGGUGUGACAUUGGUCAUGUUCUACUGGGGAUAUAUCGAUGAUACAUACUGUAACUGUCAGGACUCCUAAGCCUAGAAGCCUCCACACAGAGCAGAUCAUGUGCCAGUACAAGUGCCACGUGCCAGUAUUUGUCUCUAUAAGAAGAAACAUGGCAGACAGGAGAAGCAGGGUCCAUUCUGAAGGAGCCACAUGACCAUAUAAUCCACUGGGAAUGCAGCAAUUCUGUAUUAGAGGGGAGGUGAUUAUGUUCUCAGUCUAUAAAGUCCUAUAAACAAAUCUAGCCAUGCUAAUUUACAUUAUGAGCUCCUGUGCUAUGGGGAGUUACAAUGUAUUAUAUGCUAACGUUUAUUAAACAAGAGAAUAUUUGCUGUUAUACCAUUUUCAUCCAGCAGAGGCGGAGUGUAGCUUUCCCAUCUCCUACACUCCAUAGACCAUCUCUUUGCAGCCUGAUUGUGCCUAUGAAAUGGUUAUUUUAUUCUUUAGAAAUGUGUGUUUGAUGCCUCUGCCUACAGUGGGGUUUGGGAAAUGUGUGAUGUGAGGUGUGGUGUUUAUACAAAUGGCCUGUAGAUGUCACUGUGCUCAGACUUAUACUGUGUAUACUUCCUGGUCAGCUUAAAAGUGAAAGUUACUGUUGUGUAAUGGCUGCAUGAGCCUGCUAAUAAAGCACUGUUAUACUCUACUCAUCCUCGGCUACCCAAAACAUAACAUGAGCUUUGCUGUUGCUCAUUGUAGAGGUGAAGCCUUUUGUGUUAAAGGGGACAUAAGAGAAACCCCAAUUGUACAAACACCUAUUUCUAUAUGUUGGGCAAAAGUGAAGAGAAGUCAUUGCUGUGCAGUGUGGGGUACCCCAGCAUUUAAAUGCACCCACAUUUCUGUCCUCCUGGCCAUAGAGAUUUAUAUUUGUAAUGAUCUAUAUAAUAAUUUACAUUGAAUUGAAUUUAUAUUGAAUGUUUAUUAGACACACAGAUUAUGAACCACAGAAAGGCUUGUUUAUCGACAUUUAAAUUUGUGUAACAAAAAGUUUUUUACUACUCCAAAUAAACACUUAUUUUUCAAAAAA